AUGAACAGUGCAGGAAUAGUGGAAAGUCUUCGUUCUCUACUUAAGUUUGACUUAGCCACAUUUGAGCCAUCAGCAAAUGAAACUAUUGCAGACUACAAACUACUUCCUGAAAAUGUCCUACUGCUCAUUAGAUAUCCUAGGUACCUACUGGAAAUAAAAAGUAAAUAUGGUAGUGAAGCUGAGUUACUCAUAGAAGAGCUCCUGCAACGUGCUACUUGCACUGCCACUGUGUUACUUGUCACUAUUGCUACUAAGUUUAAAGAUGAUAAGGAGAAAAACAUCUCGGUAAUAAGCCUUAAAGACACAUUCGUGAGUUUGGCGACGGCGACGUACAUCCAACAAGCACCAGUGGCGGAACUUAAAGAGGGUAGUGACAUUCCGACAUUGGUGCCAGUGGCAACUAUUGUGCCAGACUUUGAUGUUCGCGCACUUGUGCAGGCCGUUGCAAGUGGAGACCUGUCGGGUAUUAAUGACAACGUAUAUUGGAGGGUGAACUACGACAGAUUCCAUCAAGACUUCAGAGAUGACAUUAUGAUCAAAGCAAUAUCUCGGCGCAUCGAUGACAAUGCGGGUGAACUGAUGCGCGUGCUACUGCAGCACAUGUACCUGUCGUCCCCCUCAUGGCCCGUAGAGGGCACGCCUGCGCCUGCGCAUGAGUUACGCGAGAGCUGCGCCAGGCUUGCGGACCGGCAAACGCUGGUCAAGCACUUGGAGCAGUAUUUGAAGGUGCUCGAGGAGAAUGGCGCGGAGUUCGUGCGGCGCAGCGGCGACGCGGGCGGCGGGCAGUUCUUGGUGCGCGUGCGCCGCGCCAGCGAGCAGCUCACCGCCGCCGCGCUCGAGCACGCGCUCACCGAGCGGCUCGGCUCCAAGGCCGCCAGAAUAUUCCGCUUAAUCCGAUCGAAAAAGUACAUAGAAGAAGAGGACAUACAAAAACACGCCAUGCUACCCAAUAAAGAAUGCAAAGAGCUCACGUACAAAUUGUUAGAAGAACACUUCAUUUCUGUGCAGCCAAUGAGAAAAGCGGCGUCUUCAGGUGGUAUGGCGAAGGCGAUUUACUUGUACCACGUCAAAUUGUACGAGGUGGCGCAGACGGCGCAGGAGAUGUGCUACCGCUCGCUGCACAACGUGCUGCGGCGCGGCGCGCACGAGCGCGCGGCGCACGAGCGCCUCUUCGCCAAGCAGCGGCGCGUGCGCAGCCUCGUGCACGGCAUGCGCCUGCGCGGCGAGGCGCAGCAGCACAUCGACGACGUAGAAGAAACCUUAACCCCUCCCGAGAUAGCGACGCUGCAAAACGUCGAAAAGCGUCUCAAGCAACUGAGCGCCGCCGAGCUGGAACUUGACAAGACCCUGUUCAUCCUCAAGUGGUACUUCAUGUACCCUCAAUGACACGAGGACGAAAAUGACUUUGUCGACUACGACAAACGGAUCGACAAAAAAUCAACUCGUAGGCGCUCGCGACGUUGCAUCCGUUGAUAUAUCAAAGACAAAAUUGUCGAUGGAUCUUGUCCAAUGUUAUAAUGAUUAACACUUUCAGUGACUGCCAAGAAAAGGUAAGAUAUUCUCAUAUAUAUGCCAACAAAGAGAUAGAAAAUUGCGUGAGGAGAAGGGCUUUAAACUCGCAAGGAAGUAGCGGACUAUAGAAAAGUGGAUCCAGUGCGUUAGCAACGAUUGAGCAAGAAC